GAGGAGCCGCGGGGCUCGGGCUCCGCGCGGGGAUGUGUCUGGCCACCGCGUACUUUCGAGGGCGCCUCAACACCCGGGGACUGAUGCCCUUGGCCAUGACGUACCCCCAACUGCUGUCUGCUCAGGUGUGGCCCGCGUGACUGAGUCACUGCUGCUCCAGCUGUUUCACGUCACCGUUCCCUUUACUGAAUGUAAGUGAUCAUAGUCAUUUUUCCAUCUCCAAGAUGCCAAGUUCCCAUUCCCCACCCUCCUGCCCCUUGGUCCCAAUGCACCUGGGAGGCUCAGAAAUCCCCAUUCACUGACCUAAAAGGAGAAUCUGUCUGAAGCCAUGACAGCCUCAUGCCCAGAGCUUGCCUCUGUCCUGUUCAUUCAGCCUCAGAAGCCAGGACCAGUCUCCCCAGCUUGGCCACAGCCUUCCAGGGCCCAGAAUGCCACACACCACUCCCUCUGGGCUCGCCUUGCCUUUGUUUUCCAGGAGGGUUUGAAGGAGAAGAGAGAUACCCCUAAAAGAAGUGCUGGUUUGAGCCAGAGAAGAGCCACCUGGUGUUUUCGAGAUUUGGCCCCUUCCCCGCCAGCCCGGGCCAAAGGCUCAGGGACCACUGGGGUGUGUGCCAAGAGGGCGGGGAUCAAGAGCACAGCCUUUGGGAUGAACGGGCUGGGUGGAAUUGCAGCCAAAUUAUUCGCAGCCCCGUUCAGCAUGCGUGUAGGGAUAGCUAAUAACUGCCCCGAAGGGUUAUCGCGAGGAUGUGGUAAGAUGCGUGGGGGUGCUUAGCAUGAUGCCACACAGGGAGGAGCCCCGCAAUCAGCGGCAGCUGUUCCUCUGUGUCUGCAGCCACGCAGAAGCGGGAGCUAAGAAGGGUGUGACGGGAGAGGAAAGGCGAGAAGAGCACCAAAGGGGAAAGAUCGUGAGAACUUUUUGAAACUGGGUACCCAACUUCGCCCACUUAGGCUGGCCCAGUCUGGAGCCACAGUCGUCCUCAGCCUUCAGGAAACCCCUGGGGCCUGGCCCUCCCGGCACCUGCUGCUCUCAGGCCCCCUGCCCCAGCCUCGGGGCAGUUCCAGGAAGACUCCCCCCGGCCCAGCCCAGGGCUGCAGCCACAGCUGGUCCUCAGCCCUCCGCACAUCUUUGCAGAGUUUGAUGGGGCGCCGGGCGGAUGACAGCGGGAACGGUUGUGAUCACUGGCGGAAUCCUAGCUACGGUGAUCCUCCUCUGCAUCAUUGCCGUCCUGUGCUACUGCAGGCUCCAGUAUUACUGCUGCAAGAAGAGCGGAACCGAGGAUGCAGACGAGGAGGAGGAGCGGGAGCACGACCUUCCCACGCAUCCCAGAGGCCCCACCUGCAAUGCCUGCAGCUCCCAAGCCCUGGACGGCAGAGGCAGCCUGGCGCCUCUCACCAGCGAGCCCUGCAGCCAGCCCUGUGGGGUGGCCGCGAGCCACUGCACUACCUGCUCCCCAUACAGCUCCCCCUUUUACAUACGGACGGCUGACAUGGUGCCCAAUGGGGGUGGAGGCGAGAGGCUCUCCUUUGCUCCCACAUACUACAAAGAGGGGGGACCCCCAUCCCUCAAAUUGGCAGCACCCCAGAGUUACCCGGUGACCUGGCCAGGCUCUGGGCGUGAGGCCUUCACCAAUCCAAGGGCUGUUAGUACAGACGUGUAAAUCCUUCCACCCCGACCCGCACACACACCCACACUGCUGCCCUGGCGGGGGCCAUGAGGGUGAUGAAUGACCCUCCAACAGCCCCACAUGGGUUGUCUCUGUUUCUUUGGCUUUUCUCGCUCCGCAGUGGAGGGUUUACUAGGAUUUAAGCUUUUGAGUGCAUUGAGAACCAAGACAGGGCCUGGCUCCAACUCUGUGGGCCAGAGGUGGGGGACUGCUAGGUCGAGUCUGCAGCUUCGCCAGUUUCUUGGUUGGGACACUCCUCUGGCAGCCCCAGCACCACCACAACCCCUUGCAGUGUGCCCCAGUGCCCUGGAUUCGCUGGACUGCAAAAAGGAGCACCAGGGAAAGCUCAGCAAAGGCUCGGGAGGCCUCCAGGGUCCUCGGGAGAUGAAGCAUCCGUGCCUAGGAAAAGGGGACAGAGGGCAAGGAGAGAAGUGAGAGCUACAAUUCCAGCAUUGGAGAAACGAGGGGCGGGGCGUCAACGGCACUGCUUCAGGACGCGCUUGCUGAAACGAAUCCAACAGCUAGUUCACAGCCCAGCUUUGUACGCUGGUUACCAUAGCUACUGCUGUCACUGUAGCUGCUCCCGUAGGGACGUUGAUUCCUGAACGUAUCACAUCUCACCUGCCCCCUUCCUCGUGGGACGUGUCAAGUUGACUUUAAAGCCUAAGGUGGCUCGUGGGGACUGCACCAGAAAGUGUCUAACCUUGUGUUCCCCGAAAUCCUUUCUCUGACUUAGGAACCAGCGCCCCCUGCUGGAGAAGUUUUUUCAUUUUUGUUAGCCGACUUCUGGUAGCUCAGCAAAGAGACCAGCUGACUGUCUCUCAGCCCAGCCCACC